GACCGUCACGGCGGGUCCGAAUCCGUCCCGCGCGCGCUUUUCAGCCUGACGCCGAUUGUUGUCCUGCGCGCGGGAAUCCCUGUCAGCCCUCCUGCGGAAUGGCGGGCCGGCGCCUUUCUUCUUCCCUCCUGGUUCUGAAGGCGUAACGGCUGGUGUGUGUGGGGGGGACAUUUUGCGGCCUCCCUUAGACGAGGAGGGACGUUGGUUGGGUUGAAGAAUGGCUGUGGUCGCGACGGCCGCCGCUGCAGCAGCAGCAGCUCCAACCGACGGGGAGCUCCAGCCACAUAAAAAACGAAAAGAAGAUGAUCCUUCUAUAAAAGCCAUUACAAAAUAUUUUUCACCAUUAGGAAAAAAUGUUGAUAGAAUGUUGUCACCCCCGAAGUCCAACAAUCUAUUAGAUUAUUUUAAAAAAACAUCCCCUACCAAUGAGAAGAUUGCUUCACCUGUGAUGCAGAAGGAAAGCAACAUAAAUAGUUCAUCUUUAGAAAAUUCUUCAAAGACUUUGUCAAGGCUUAAGAGGAAAGGGAAAAGAUUUAAUUUAAAUAAUAAAUUAAAAGAUGUGAAAAUUAUUGAGCAUGACCUUGUUAGAGACAUGAAUAGUGUUAACAGAGAAAUGCCCAGUCCAUUGGAAGAAGAACCUGUUGGCCAGAGCGUUCCUACAUUACAUGUAUCUACAAACAAGGAUGAGAUGUUAAACAUGUGCAGCAAUUCCCACUUCAAAACAGUGACCACCAAAAAGGAAAAAGGAAAAGUGGAGAUAGAAGGAGGAACAGUAAAGAGUAAUGUUAAAAGGCCAAAGAAAAGGAAAUAUAAAGAUGAAAUUGACCUGUCUGAAAAUUUUGUUAAUGAAACAGAACAGAAGGAUCAAGAGAAAGUGGUUAAUGACAAACAGCUUGCAUCUACUAGUGACUCUGGAAAUAAAAGCUUAGUAAAUAUUCAGGAUCAUGAGACUACUCCACAGGAGACACCACAGUUAAGUGACAAUACUGUAACUGUAUCAUUUGAAGAUUUUCUAAAAAGCCAAGGAGAAAAUAAAAUUGAUCAAAUCCCCAAAGCACAGACAUCAGAUAUUUCCACUGUACCUGAUGAAGCAGCCAGUUUCCAAGAUGCUCAUCAGCUAGCACUUAAGAAAGUAACUGUUCUUGCACAAAUCCAUUCUGUCCCUCCAAAAUCUACCUCCUCUCAGAAAAUAGCUUCUAUAUUUUUAAAGCAAAAAUCGAAAGAAACUAAAAGACAAAGCAGCCCAUCAGCCUCUGAGGCAGAGUGCACUGAGCCAAUGACUCAGAAACGCAAAUCUAAUGUGGUGAUAGCUGAAGAAGAGUUAGAGCUGGCUGUACUGGAAACUUUUGGUUCAGAGACUGCAAAGUCAAAAUGCACUGCAGAAGAAAGGUACCAGUUUAUGAAAGCUUUUAAACAACCAGAAUCUGAUACAAUAAAAGCUGGAGCUAGGAAAGGACUUGGUAAACUAAAGGAAGCAGGAGAAAAAUCUUCAAAAUGCAAACUGGAAAUGGAAGAAUGUGAAGAUGUUUCUAAUAAAAGGACCGACAGUGAAGUGUCAGGUAUUGAUGCUGGGAAUGAUUCCUGUUCUAAUGCUGGAAAAAAUCGCAGUACCAGAGUAAGAAACAACAAGCUCAAGAGGGAAAAGAUGGUACAGAAAACAAAGCGGCAAGAUUUAAAUAAAGUUGAAAACCAGAACAAUGACACUAAUGGUCAGAUUAAGACCAGAACGUCAAGAGAAAUACAAAGCAAAUUGCCUCAAAAAAAUAGUAAACUGAGAAGAAGUCCACGACAAAAGAAAAGCCAAAAUUCCAUUUAUAGUACUCCAGAAAAAUCAAGAAUUUCAGAAAAUGCAUCACAUGCUGGCUCUGUACAAACCUCCACUCCAAAAGCAUACAAUAAGGCCUUUAGUAAAAGUGAUUUGUAUAAAGCUGAGAUGAUUACUGAACCAUUUGAUUCAAAAAGCCCAAUAAGGAUGAAAUUCACCCGAAUUUGUACAUCUGAAAGAUUUAUGCAACAGAGUGCAAAGCAGUUGAAUACUACCUCUAGUAAUAUAUCCAAAGCAAAGAAAUUGGUUGAGAAGGCAAAGGCUGUACAAAAAAACAGAGCAGCAAGGCUUGUUGAUGAAACAUUACAUGUUCCUUUGAGACGCUCAUCUAGACAACAGGCUAUUGCUGAACAGAAAAAAAUACAGAAUACAGAAGAUUCAGUGAUCCUGGAUUCAAAUACAAGCCAUAUCACUGUUUUAGGAAAUGUGAACAAACAAAAGUCCCUUCAAAGUCUGAAUGAUGUUUUGGGCAAAAAGGCUGGAACUGUGAAGUCUACUAAGAAACCAAAUGCGAAAGAGGAAGUGUUUUCAUUAGUGAAGAAAAAACUUCAGAAGCCUAAAGAUGAAGCAAUUAUCAUUUUUGAUGAAAGCAGUGAAGGUGGUUCUGAAAAUUCUCAGGAUGACAAACAAUUCAAAGAAAAACGUGAUUUUUUAAUGAGUGGUUUGCCAGAGUCUUUAAAAAGGCAAAUUGCAAAGAAGGCAUCAGCAUUGGAAGCAUGUUCUGCAGCUAAUUCCUGUUUUCAAACAGUAGUCCACGUGCAGCAGAAGGAUGCUGGAUGCUUGAUGUGGAAGUUGAUGUCACCCUCAUGUUCUCUCUUGACUAAUUUAAGACAAGAAAAUUGUGGAAUAACAGAUGUUAGAAAACUCACCUUUUCACUUGGUGAAUUUACAGUUUCAAAAUCACAACCUUGUAGCACUGGUUCUUCAGCUGUGUCAUCUGGAUGGCAGCCAGCUUUUUCUGAAGCACAAACAAAUUGUCUGUUGGAAGAGAUUAAAUUUUCCAAUACUUGUUUUCCUGUUAAACAGUUUUUUGAUCUAAUAGUGAAAAAACAAGCUGCUUCCGAAAAUAAUAAACAAGUAAACAAAUUUGAAACAGUAUGUUCUGCAACAAAUAUGAACAUGAAUAACGAGAAAGAAAACAAAAGGAAGCAAAAAGCUGAAGAUCGUAAAUCCAAACGAAGGAAACAAAUGGAAAAAGCAGAAACUGAAGUGCCGAACAACAUUUCCAAAGUUUCAUCUGAAAAACAAGCUGACAUAGGAAACGUAAUCCAUAUAUUAGAUGCAGAUGAUACAGAAGAAUCUAGGAUUAUAACAAUAGAAGACACUGGAAUUAAUACUUUCUCUGGUUUUACAAACGAAGAUGUGCUCUGGACGGAAAAAUAUCAGCCACAAAACUCCAGUGAACUUAUAGGCAAUGCUACAUCAGUUAGAAAGCUACACAGGUGGCUUUGUGAAUGGAAGAAAAGAGCUGACUGGGAAACAAACAAAAGCCAAAAAGAAGAAAAGAGUGACAGUCAGCAAGAAUCCUCAGACAGCUUGGAUUUUAAAGAUGGUGAAUCAGACAGUGAAGAGGAGAAUGUUCUGUGCAACACUAUGCUGCUCGUUGGCCCUCCAGGCACAGGGAAGACUGCAGCAGUUUAUGCUUGUGCACAGGAGCUUGGCUUCAAGAUAUUUGAAGUUAAUGCUUCUUGCCAGCGCAAUGGAAGGCAAAUUCUUUCUCAGCUAAAGGAAGCUACUCAAUCUCAUCAAGUGGACAAACAAGGUGUGAACGCUCAUAAGCCAUGCUUCUUUAACAGUUACAGUAGCAAUAAGUCACCGAGAAAGAAGUCUCCUAGGAAAGAGUGGUCUCCAAGAAAACAUCCAGUUUCACCCAGAAAAGUUGGAUUAGAACAAGCUUUGGCACCCAGAACACUAGCAAACUAUUUCAAAAUUUCUUCCAAGCCUAAGAAGAAAGAAGACAAAGUACAAGGAAACAACAGAGAAAACAAGGAAUGUUUUUCUGGAGAAAACGUACAGAUGAAAUCAACAAACGGGGAAACCGAAGAAGAGUCAAGUAAAAAGUGUGCAACUUCCCUCAUCCUCUUUGAAGAGGUUGACAUAAUUUUUGAUGAAGAUGUUGGAUUUCUGAGUGCAAUAAAGACAUUCAUGACUACCACCAAGAGACCUGUCAUUCUUACUACCAAUGAUCCUUCAUUUAGUUCAGUAUUUGAUGGAUGCUUUGAGGAAAUAAUCUUCAGUGCACCGUCUUUGAUAAAUGUUGCUACUUACCUCCAAGUUCUCUGCUUGGCUGAAAAUUUAAGAACAGAUAUGAGAGAUGUUGCUGCUUUGUUGACUGCAAACAAGUGUGACAUCAGACAGAGUAUUCUACACUUACAGUUCUGGGUGAGGAGUGGCGGUGGCUACUUGAAAGAAAAAGGACUAGGCAAAAAGACAAGUGAUACAGGACUGAUUACUAGCACUGAAGAACCAACCAGCUCCAAUACCAGUAAAUCAAAUCCUGUUGUGAAUAUUCCGAAAUGCUCUAUUGGCUGCAUUGAGAACUCACUUGGCCUUACCAACAUCAUUUUGCCUUCAGAGGAUCUAUUUUCAUUUUUUAAGAAUAAAAUCACAACAAAAGAAGAAUGGAAUAAGCUGAUAUGUCUGCUCACAGAAUUCCAGCGGAAGGAUAUAGACUUUAUUUAUAAUAAUCUUGAAAUCCUUUUACCUUUACCAAUUAAUAUACUUCCAGAAUCAAUCGAUACAGCUCAUCUUACACAUAACAAGCUUACAAAAAUCUCUUCAAAUAAUGAACCUGUUGCCAGUGAUUGCUUGGAGGCAGCUAGCCCUAUGAAAAAGUGUAAGCAGUCAAAGCGCUGGAGAAAAAUAACUAUACUGGAUGACAGUGAUUUAUUUGAGAGUGAAUUGAACUAUUCCGGAUUCAUUACUCUGCCAUCUGAGAAACCUAGCACAUGCUUGGAAGAAAAAAACGAUAGUUUUGAAUCUGCUACUGCAGUGACACAAAGUGGUGGAAUUUCAGCACAAGCUUCUCUUCCCAUAUUCCAAUGCUUAUAUUCAUUAGCUGAAUUUGUGGACAACACAUCUUUCUCAGAUUGCUGCUUCAGCAAGAGGACUCGUGAGUCUUGUAAAUAUGAUGAAUUCAUUUGGACAAAAGGGAAGGUAAAAAAUGGGCUCUCUGAUGAGUUUAGUGUGGAGCAGACUGAUUGGUGGAUUUCUCAAAGUUCUGUUGAACUGAAAGCAAACCUGGAGGUACUCAAUUUUAAUAAAUGCUUCAAGACUAUUUCAGAAAUCAUGGAAAACUCAUUUAACACUGAUAGAACGCCUGGGAAGGAUGGACUUGCAAAUGUUACCCUGCAUGUUUCAGAAGACCGAGCCCAUUUGUACUUUGGCCAGUUGCCAGCUAAUUUCAGCAUUCAUCAUAAUGCACAGAAGAGGAUGGAAUUAAUCGAAGCUAUAUUUUCGAGUAGAAUUCAUCUAAACCUUAGUAAUAGACAAGCAAGUGUAAUUGAAUAUUUGCCUAUUCUCCGCAACAUCUGUAAGUCAGAGAAAAAGAAAGAGCAAGGAAAAACAAAAAGAAGGUUUCUACACUACCUUGAAGGAAUUCACCUUCCCAAAGAAAUUCUGAACGAUCUAGCAACUGACUUUCCUUAAAAUGGCUGCCAAUAGUGACUC